CCGGCAAAGCUUCCUAUUUGAGUCGUGCAGCAAAUGCACCUUUUGAAAUCCUUCAAGAUCAUUGACGGGACCACCAAAGCACGGAAGAGUGCUCUCAGAGGUGCAUCGCAACAAUGCCUCGACCGCGCGUUCCUCCCAAUCUCCUCACGAAACUCUCUCGCCCGUCCGCACCCCAAGAAGCCCCUCGAUUAUGGAAUGCCAAACGACGUAUCAAGGGCAGUGUCGGUUUGACUCCAAGCCAGUCGCUGAAGAUAGACAAACGCUACCCUCCCGGUAGAUGGCUCGACCAAUACAAGGAUAAUUGGGAACGUUCAGAAACACUUAUCAUCAACAAAGCCGGCGAGACAGAGCUACAACCAUCGAAUGAAAGGCUAGAACCCUCAGAACCAAGUGCACUUAACAUAGAAGCAGUCGACGUGACCGAGCCACAAUUGUCGAAGGAAGGCUUAGAACCCUCAGAAACAGAUGAACUCAAUGAAGAAGCCGGCGAGAUAGAGCUACCACAAUGGGAGCCACUCACAAAAGAGGAUGUUUAUGCCAUCCAAAAGGUCAAGAACGAGGAUGGCGUACUAGAGUGGUGGAAGUUAGAGCGAAAGCAUCUCGACAAAUUCAUGGACGCGCACCCAGUACUGCGCAGAGUCUCCAGCGAUGUAAGAUCAUUCAUCUGGGAGACCGGGCUUGAAAUGGAUCAGUCCUCGAUAUCAGCGCUCCUUCAAAAUCCAGUCCGCUUCUUUUCCGCCUCAGCAAAUGUCCCCUACGAAACCCGAAAACAGAUAUACUUUCCCGAACCCUCAGAUGCCGUUGUACUCAUGCGCACUCCACAUCUCGGCCCACGAUACGCCGCUUUCGACGUUCCGCGGCAUUUCAGCAAGAUCGACCUCAGAGCGUACCUGAAGAACGUCUAUAACGUGGACGUACUCCACAUUCGGAGUGUCGUGGUGCAGCAUAAGGUAGACAGAAAAGACCCUACCGAUCCACAUACUCAGGGCCCAUUAUUCCGGCCUCCAAGCACAAAGAAGAUGACCUGUCAACUGGCGCAACCAUUCGUCUACCCCGAAGAGGUCGAAAGUCUAGACCCAUGGGAGUACAACGAUUACUGGAACUCCAAUAAAGCGAUGGUGGCCAAUGAACGGAACAAGACCACAUUUGGAACGACGCAUCCCAACAAGAAGCACCGAAAGAGCAUCGCGCAACAAGCCCAAGAUUUGCUGAAAGGAAGGGUAAAAUGGGCUCCGACAUGGCAGAAACUAGGGGACCAGCCUACCGUCGGUUCUCCUUGAUCCUAAAUGUAUCUUCCAAAACAUGCAGGUUGAGUUCAUGUUAUGAACCUCGUACUAUACUGCGACUGGGCGCUCAACUUGUACAACAUUCGAAAGAGGCGGACAUUCCUCAUACCUUGUGCAGCUUCGCAAGAGAAACUUGCACAAUAUUCUCACUUCCCCAAAAGUCCGGAUUUCCUAUGUCUAAGGAGCAUGGCGAUUUGGUCGUCCACGACCACCUCAGGAGACCGUUGGUUCCCACCACGCGUCAGGUCUGAAUCACG